AUCAGCCCUUUGAUCGGAGGAACGCGCUGCAUUGGUUCUCCCGCGAAUAUUAUGAGCUCAAUGGCGAUGGUUAUGAGGUCCUCAACGACCCUCCCAGUCCGCUAGAAUUUCUACGCUUGACCAAGGUUGCUAGACCUGUCGUCAUCAAAGGUAUUAAAGUACCUGCAUACACUCGAUGGACGGAUGACUACCUCUCAAAAAAGAUGGGAGGCCGUGAUAUCUCUGUGGCCGUCACCCCCAAUGGUCACGCAGAUGCUGUGACUUGUGGCCAGGAUGGCAUUACAUACUUCGCCGAGCCUCAUGUGCAAAAAACUACAAUGAGCAGCUUGCUUAGUACGUUGUCUGCGCCUGAAACAUGCGACGAGGUGCAAUACCUUCAAUCGCAGAACGGCAACAUAUAUUCUGCCGCGUUCUUCGAGAACGAAGGUCAGGACCAGAAGGAUGAUUCCGAGUUUGCUGUCCUACGGCCCGAUGUACCUUCGGAGAUCCCUUGGUGCAGCGAGACAUUUGGCAAACAUCCUGACGCCGUCAAUGUUUGGAUAGGAAAUGAAAAGAGCGUAACAAGCAUCCAUUCGGAUCCAUAUGAGAAUAUAUAUACCGUGGUUCGAGGCGCUAAACACUUUCUUCUUCUUUCACCAACCGAUGGCUGGUGUCUGGAAGAGAGGAAAUAUCCACACGCAACCUACAUGAAGCAUUCCGAUGGUUCCUUACGGUUGUCUCCAUCUGCAUCAAAUUACCCGCAAAUCCGAUGGUCUUCUGUCACCAACCCGCAUAUUCCAGGCAUACUUCCGUCCUCCGUGCAUCCGUUUCAUAUCACGCUCGAGGCCGGGGACAGCCUUUACCUCCCUGCCGGCUGGUGGCAUCACGUCCGUCAAUCGAAUUUGACCAUAGCUCUUAACUGGUGGUACGACCUGGAAUACCGGGGAAUGCAGUGGAUCUUGUUGAGCUUCUUGCGGGGGACCGAAGAUGUUCCUGACGGUAAUGACCGUCAGGGUAUCAGUGAUGGAAAGACACGGACCUUACAAGCCCCGUGUACUUAG